AUGACACCUCUUGACAAUGCGAUGAAAUCCAAGAACCUCCUCUUAACCUUUGGAGGCGUCAUCACCGCAGUCGCCGCAUGGUCCAUCUGGGGAGGCGACAUGUUCCCAGCCCAGCCCGACCCGACUGGGAACCCCGAAGACUGGACGCUCCAGGAGAUGAGGAGGUGGCUUGGUGCUAGGAACUUGAUGCCUGCGGCUUCAGCGACGAGGGAGGAGCUUUUGGAGAGGAUCAAGGCCAAUAUGCGGCAUCCUAGGACAGAGCAACCGGGCUUUAAAAAGAGAAACCCUACGAAUAAGUGGCUCUCCGAGCGGGAACGCGUGGAGGCCUCGCUCUCUGGUUUGACAUUGGGAUGCGGAUUGCGUUUUGAGGCGACCCAAGGCGUACAGAUCAAUACUAUGGAACCACUCGAUAUCCUCGCCAUUUCUGCGGCAGUAGCCCAGUUCAUCGACUUCGGAACGCGCCUCUGUUCACAGGCCUUCCAAUUAUACAAAUCCCCAUCGGGCCUGACGACCGACGAGGCAGACCUCACCACGAUCGCCAACGACCUGGCCGAGCUGGGUCGGAAAAUCACGUCGCGACGGGCUCUCCUCGGACAAGGCAAGCCCGAAGAUGGGAGCUUCGAAGCCCUCCUCGUCGAUAUAUGCGGCGAGUGCUCCGUGGCCGCACAGGAUCUCGACGCGGCGAUUCGGAAAUUUCGGCCUGAGCAUUUCAGGAUGAAGUUCCUUUUUGGUGAGCAGGGUGGGAAAGCGGUGAAUAGCUUGAUGGAUGCUCUGCGCUCGGUACGGUUUGAUGCGAGUGAAUGGCACAGGAAGUUGGCCCGUCUCAGGGAGCAGAUGAUGGCCAUGACGACUCUUGUGUUGUGGGAGAAAUCGUCGUCCGUGGUCCACGAGCAACAGCGUCUUUCUCAUCGCCAGGCCGAGAUACUAGGGACUCUCAAUAAGUUGGCGGCCGACGUCUCCAGUUUCAAAUACUCUCUCGUCCAUGUCGUUGACGAGGACCCGUCCAAAUUAGACCAUCGCCGUCAAGCUAUUGCCGAAUCCAUCUGGUCUUCGGAGGGCAUCUCUUCGCGCCUGCAGCUGUCCACCAUUGGAGCUCACCUCGCGUCGGACGAAGUGGGGAACUGGAACGGAGCUCAGGAUACCGCUCUGCAGGCGCCAAACCAGACAGACCGAUACGCCUCUCGAUUGCUGAACCGCCAGGAGACUGAAUCCGAAUUCUACGUCAAGGCAAUUGUCGAUAGUCUUCGCUUUCAAGGCGUGAAGCAUCGGGAAGAUGCCAUCCCGGAAGCAUAUACGAGGACAUUCCAGUGGGUCUUCGAGAGGCCCCCACAGUCAAGCCCUCGUGGUCCUUGGACAGAAUUACCCCGGUGGCUUGAACAGUCCGUAGACGACGUAUACUGGAUCACAGGAAAGGCCGGGGCAGGGAAGAGCACGAUGAUGAAGUUCCUCACCACGCAUCCGAAGACGAUAGAGCAUCUUCGCAAGUGGAGCUGCGGCCAGCAGCUUAUUCUCGCCUCUUUUUACUUCUGGAAUGCCGGCAGCUCAGAACUGCAGAAAUCCCAAACGGGGUUGCUGCGGACCCUGUUACUCCAAUGCAUCGAGCAGAUGCCGAGCCUAGCGCCGAAGAUCUGCCCGCGCCGUUGGGCCUGGUUCAAGAUAUUCGGUGCCACCGACGUAAACCAAGCGCCGCAAUGGUCGUGGGGAGAGUUGGUCGAGUGUUUCUCGGCCCUGCUGCUGCUCUCCGCAAAGAACAACAGGUUCAAGUUGGCGCUGUUCAUCGACGGUCUUGACGAAUUCACCGGCGAUCAUCAGAAGCUUAUCGACUUCGUCAAGCUUUUUUAUCGUCGCCAGGGUACCAAGGUUAUUAUUAGUAGUAGGCCUUGGAACAUGUUCAAGGAUGCUUUCAGCGCCACCCCGAGCCUUAGGAUGGAAGAAUUCACGAGUAGGGACGUCGAGGCCUUUGUCAACGGCGAGUUUAACCAGACCCAAGGCUUCCAUGAGCUCCGGCAAGCGUAUCCCGUGGAGGCGAAGCGGCUCACGCAAGGGAUCGUCGACAAGGCGCAGGGCGUUUUUCUCUGGGUGUCCGUCGUUGUUCGGGCGCUCUGUGAAGGUCUGACGGAAGGCGAUAACCUGGGUGAGCUACAGGCGCUGCUCAACAUGCUGCCGACAGACUUGUCGCAGCUGUACCAGAGAAUUUGGCGGAGCAUUAAGCCCCAGUACAUCGCCCAGACCGCGAAGCUCUUCCAAAUACGCAUCAACGCGAAAACCCUUCUGGACGUCACCACACUUCACCUAGCAGACAUGGAGUGGGAGGAGGCCCUUGGAUACCAGAUGGCAGAAAUCACCGGCGAGAAGCGCGACCACAUUAUCCGGACCAUGAGUAGGAGACUCGACAGCCGCACCAGAGGUCUCCUUGAAGUGACCAAAGACGGCCAAGUCGACUACCUUCACCGAAGCGUGAGGGACUGGACGGAAACCAGCUGGCAAGACAUUUGCGCCAAGGUCGACCCCGACUUCGAUCCCCAUCUCGCCCUCCUGCAAGCGUUCUCGGUGCAGGUUGCCAACCCGAAGAUUUGGGAAAACUCAAGCCUGCACCUACCCGUCGAGGCAUUUUGGUCUCGGACAUCCAUGUGCCUCUUCCACGCCGCCAGCGUCCGCGACGAACCCGGCCGAGUGGAUGCGCUCGUAAAGAUCAUGGACCGACUAGAUCGCGAGCUUGGGGCCCUGUCGACCUCGUUCGUGGACGGAUCCGGAUACACGCUAUACCGAGAUCGCACCAACGCGAGUCUCGUGGCAGACUCGGCAGCAGACCUCCCCCACUGGUCGAACACACAGUACACAAUGUCCCCGGGGCAGCCGGUCUGCACCUUCGCCGGCUUGGCCGCCCAGUGGGCCAUUUUACCCUACGUGCGGGCAGCUAUCGCGACCACCAAGAAACCUAAACUAAGCGACCCGCAGCAACUACCGGUCUUAUCGUGCGCCGUCCUUGGAUUCGACCACUUUGCACGACCGGAUGUGUUGGAUAUCGUUGAGCGGUAUUGCCCCUUAAUAGACCCGGCUAUCAGGCUUGAAGUUGUGCGCAUAAUUUUGGAUACUCGCGAUGUGGCCGAUAAGUGGACGAAGAAGAAGAGGAAAAAAUCCUCUUCCGGCCAUGGAAACGACGACGUAAGUGAUCUCCUUGGCGAGGUUGUUCAGAAGAGGGACUUUUUCAGAAGCAUCUCCAACGCCGAUGCCAAGGUGCGCACGUAUUGGGAAGACGUUGCGGAGUUGUUGGGCGAGUAUGUAGCCAGGCAGGAUGUGAUGCAGGCCCAACAACCAUCGAGAGGGAAGAAGACGCGACCAUCGUUCCCGCUGCUCUUCCAGAGCUUCGCCAGGUUGGCUCGGAAGGCCUAG